GCUCGAUACAGAAAGGUGCUAGAAGUAUCACUGCAUGAAAAUGGACUGCAAGAUCGCAUUUUUCUGUUUCAUUCUAUGUGCUGGAAAUAACUUUCUACUCUCUGAAGGUAUGAAAUUCUCGCACAAAAAGUACGUCAUAUUGAUAACAGCAGGAUCAGCAAAAGGUCCAAUCGCGAAAAUCCAAGUAGAAACAUCGUCAUCACGAAUUUCAUAUGGUAUCAAAGGGUCACGCUCGCUUGUAGAUAUUGAUAACCACGGGAAAUUGAAGUUAAUGAAGAAACUCGAUAAUAAAAUGGCGGCAUCAAUAAACAACACAGCGAUAACAGUUAUAGCCAAGAAACAGGGGACAUCUGAAAAAGCGUCGACAACAGUUAUCAUUAUCGUUUUACCCAAAAAUUUUGGUGACCAAUUCGUUUCUCAGAUCAAAAUGGAAGCAAAAUCCAAAGAGAAAAACAAAAAACCAAAGAACACACGAAUCACACCACGUGACCUGCUUCGGUUUCUCAGAAAGCCGUCGCAAACGGCUAAACAAAUGGCAUUGUCUACAUUGAAAUUGGAAACAAAAGUAAUGAAAAUCAAACAAAAAAUCAGAAAAAUAUUUGCGGCAUUGUUUGGGAAAGAUAGUGUCAUUAAGGUGUAUCUACACAUCAAUGCACUUUUCUCUAAAAAAAUGAUAGAAGAAAUGGAAGAGGAAUCAGAAUGCAACGAACCAACUAAUGCCGAAGAAUGUGUUCGGUAUAUGAAAUAUCGAACAUUUGAUGGCACUUGCAAUAACUUAUACUAUCAUAAUGCUGGAGCAUCUGACAGAGGAUUUCAUCGAAUACUAAAAGCAAAGUAUUUUGAUGAAGAUGGACUUAAUGAUCCCAUUGGAUAUCCCAACCAACCAAAUGCCCCAAGUGUACCCUCACCACACCAAGUUAGCAGGGAUUUCAUCAAAGAUGAAGUAGCUGCAUCGCCAUCCAUGUUAACCCACGCUGUUAUGCAGUUUGGUCAGUUUAUUGAUCACGACUUAGACUUGGCCGUUGAGGUGGAAUUUGAAGGAAGAAAUUUGUGUCUUGAAGUACCAUGCAAUGGAUCAUCUGCCGACUUCACGUGUCCAUGUUAUCCAAUUCUUCCAAACGGAAAUGCUGGUUGUAUCAGGGUGACAAGAUCCGCAGCUGUUUGCCAAAAACAUGGUCAUUUCAAACCACGGGAACAAAUCAAUGUUAAUACUGCAUACAUUGAUGCAUCUCAAAUUUAUGGAUCGACGCUAAGAGUUGCGAAUGGACUUAGAGAAAGAAAACCGGAAGAUAACGGGUUGCUGAGAUCAUUACAAGGUUUUGACGGUGAACUUCUCCCACUGGAUCAAUCCAAGGAGGCUGAAGAACAGCUUUGCCGAAACCUUGGGGGUUGUUUUAUUGCCGGAGAUUCUAGAUCAAAUGAACAACAGUCACUGGCAGCAUUCCAUUCUCUGUUUCUACGUGAACACAACCGUAUCGCCAAAAGUCUCAAAAAAAUCAAUAGUCACUGGGAUGGUGAGAAAAUAUACCAAGAAACACGAAAAAUCAUGGGUGCCGUGAUGCAAAAGAUCACAUACGAUGAUUUUCUUCCCCUAAUCCUCGGACCAAACGCUAUACCACAAUACAAGGGUUACCGCUCGAAUGUUGACCCUGGAGUUUCAAACGUAUUUGCUACGGGUGCUUUUAGAUUUGGCCACAGUCUCAUUCGGCCCGAAUUUGACAUUCUGGACACUGGUUUCAACCCGAUUGGCGACCCAAUUGAUCUGCGUUUUAUGUUCUUCAAUAACACUUUUAUCCAACGAAAUGGAAUCAACGCGCUGCUUCUUGGACUCAUUGGAAAUUUCUCUGAGAGGGUUGAUCGAAUCCUAUCCCCAGGAAUCACUCGGCAUCUUUUUGAACGUGAAAAUGCUCCUGGGAGUAAUCUGGCGGCAUUAAACAUUCAUCGUUCGAGAGAUCACGGAAUUCCAGGAUACAACGAAUUUAGAAAGUUUUGCAAGUUAGGGAAUGCAGAGACAUUCAAAGACACUCGGAAAGAGAUUAAGAAUCCGCAAAAUAGAAAUAUUUUAAAACAACUCUACGGUGACAACCCUAAUUUGGUCGAAGUAUGGGUUGCUGGUUUAGCAGAAACGCCAGUUCAAGGGGCUAGUGUUGGCCCGACCUUCAAGUGCUUAAUUGGAGAACAAUUUCAGCGAACAAGAGACGGUGACCGAUUUUUCCACGAACUACCCGGAGUCCUGACACAAGACAUGCUUGCAGAAAUCAAGAAAAGUUCGUUGUCUCGUAUGUACUGUGAUAAUUUAAACGUGGUUUCAAUUCAACCAAACGCUUUUAAAUUACCAACUGGAAAAAAUACAAGAAUCACCUGUGACAGAAUCCCUCGUAUGGACUUAUGCAAGUGGAAAGAAUUAUGCUUGUAUGGCAAAAAAUUUUCAAGAAACGGGAAAUGUGUAUGUCAAUGUAAACGACCAUGGUUUGGUGACAGUUGUGAAAAUAAACUGGCACGUGCAUCAGUUGCGUGGCAUGCAACCCUUCUUAACUCCGCGAAAAAAAUUGUUUGCUCUGGGGCGCUUAUUGGAAGGAAACAUGUAUUAACCACAGCAAGUUGUGCAAGACGUGCGUCCAUAAAUGGCCACGUCCGCCUGGGGUAUUGGAAAACAAUCACAUGGCAUAACGAAAUUCGCAUUAAGUCUAUCAGGAAAUCAAAAUUGCACAAGAAUAUCGUGGUAGUCGAGCUGGCACGGCGAAUAAUACGAAGUAGAUACGUACAUCCCAUCAGUACCGGUUUUAUCUCAUCCCAACGACCAACUUACGUCACAGCCUGGGGGACCCGGCAAUCUCUUCAAAUUUCCAGGGUUAUCCUCUCAGCUCCGAAAAGUUGCAAAAAUGUUUUCUAUCUGUUCAAUGGUUUUAAAGAUGUUUGCACGCUGCCUGCCGGGUUGCCUGUGGGGCCGAAAAAAAGUGGUAGUCCUUUGGUGCAAGUUUAUGGAAGACGAGUGUGCCUGGUGGGUUUGCUGACUGACGUAAUGAAUGGAUUUGGCAAAUAUAUAAAAAUUAGAUAAACUUUGAAUUUCGCUCGAU